AUGGACUCUACUCCUCUCAUCCUCCCACCCGCCACGCCCGCCGCCUUCCUCUCCCACAUCCUCGACGCGCCGCCGCCCCCCAACACCACGGUGCUCAUCUGCGCUGCGCGCUCCGACUUUCUCCGCUCCGCCGUCUCCCAGCUCCACGACCAACCGGCGGAGGAGGACGUUCUCCGGGCCACCCUCUCUCGGGUCGCCGUCGCCCGCCGCGUGCGCGUCGCCUUCGCCCCCAGCGUCGCCCACCUACGCGCCCACCUAUCCGCCUCCGUCCUCCCCGGUGCCGCCCACCUGCUCGUGUACGGCUUAUUGGACUUGCACCGCGGCGGCGGGUGGUGGUCCGCGCAGGCGAUCGGCUGCUCCGCGGCGUGCCUGGUGGAGGCGGCGACGCGUGCGGGCUCCGCGGCCGUGAUGAUGGAGCCGACGGGCUGGAAGGCGGAGGGAGAGGAGAAGGAGGAAGAAGAAGAAGUUGCACGGCGCAAGCGCGAGGGGAGGUGGGCGGCGUACGAGGAGCAGAUACCGCUGCUGAGCUCGACGGCAGAGCCUCGCGAGGACGGGACGUGGGGUGUGCCGUGCACGUCUGCGAGGGUGAUUCUACAACGGUGGUUUACGUUUGACGAUUCAUGA